AUGGGGCUACUAUCGUUUGUUGAAGAUACUAAACCGUCCGAAGUGGACGAAGGCGCCAGAUGGGAUGAGAACCAGCCGGAAGCCAAGAAACAAGAGAAGCCUCAAACAGAAAAGAGGAAUCAAAAGAAUGAAAAUAAUGGUGUGACAUCGCUUUCAUAUGACCAGGUUAAUGAUAAUGCUGAUGAGCUAAUAGAACUUCGUGGAGAAGGAAGAUACUUCGGUAUUACUGAUCCAGAACAUGGCACCACGAUCAAUGCACAGCUGUCUCUAGGCCCCUUAUGUGAUAAUUGCCAUAAAAGAGGACAUAUAAGAUCAAAAUGUAAGACUGUCAUAUGUCAUAAGUGUGGUGUGGUUGGCGACCACUAUGAACUGCAGUGUCCAACAACCAUGAUCUGUGCCAAAUGUGGCCAAAGGGGGCACAUGGUAUCCGCUUGUACCAACAAGAGCAAGAAGAGAGAGUAUUGCAGACACUGUGACACAUUCAGUCAUGGUGACCAUAAUUGUCCUAGUAUAUGGCGUUCCUACAUUACCAAGCCGCAGCCUAAUGCUGCGCAGGAUGAACUGCUGUGGAAGGUUUCAGACCUUCCAGUGAUCUAUUGCUAUAACUGUGGCGAUAACUCACAUUACGGAGAUGAAUGUCACAGGCAGAGAUCAUCGCGUAUUCCUAAUAUUAACGGUAGUGCUUUUAGUGGCACUAAUCUACCUAAGCAUCUUAGAAAGCUAUACAACUGGCUCGCCAAUGAUGUGAGGCAAAGUGGUGACAGAGAUAACAAUUAUGGGGCCAAUGGUAACAGAGGUUACAACUACGGGACAAAUGGUAACAGAGGUAACAGGGGUUACCAGAAGAAUCAACGUCCUCUCAAGUCAUCCAAGAAGGACUUUAAUGGCGGCUCUGGCGCUCAGCCAACCAGGUCAGGCAUCAUCAAGCAUAGCAGUACAAACAAGAAUGGUCUUCCACCCAUUCCUACCAAGGCAAAUCGGUCGGGUGUAAUAACAUCAAAGGGUCAGAAGAAAUUCAACACACAGAACUCACGUAGUAGUGGUGUGAAACCCAACAGGUCAGGGAUGUUGCCCAAGAACGGGAGCCGCAAAAAUUUCCAGGCAUUUUAUUAG